AUGAUAAUAAAAAAUAAGGAUAAGUUUUUCAUAGCAUCAUGUGCGGUGGGUUUUAUAUUAUCUUGUUAUGCGUUAGCAGUAGAAUUGAAAAGUGAAAAUGAUAAAGAUUACAGAGCAUAUUGCGACAUUAAUGAAUAUGUUAGCUGCACAAAAGCAUUUUCUUCCAAAUAUGGUAAAGGUUUUGGACUUGUUGAACCAAUUUUUGGUAAAAAUUCAAUUUUAAAUCAACCCAAUAGUUUGGGUGGUAUAUUUUUCUACCUGUUAUUGGCAUUGACAUGUUACAGUGAUCAAAAAACCAUAAUAAAACUACAGCUAAUAAGUUGCCUUGUAUCCAAUGUGUUAUCAGUAUAUUUGGCUUACAUAUUAUAUUUCAUUCUUCACGAUUUCUGCAUGAUAUGUGUUGGAACAUAUAUAGUAAAUGCUUUUAAUUUAUUUUUGUCAAUUUCCAAAUGGAAAUCUCUUUCAAAAUCGAAUAAACAAACGAUACAAAAAACAAAAAAUUAUGUGAAUAGUAAAAAAGAAUAA